AUUUUCAACACCAUACAUAAACAUACAAUUAUUAUUGUCGUCAUUGUGCGCAUCGUGAUUCAAGUCGAUUUCCCACCAGCCAAACAAGCAUUAAUAACAGCAACACCCACCCUCCGAUCUAUCCCGAGCAAACACUCUCUUUACUACAUACAGCCCCGUCUGGUCACCGAAGGGAAAUGUCGUCGGUUGUGAGGUCCACGGCCCUCCGCGCUGGAGGAGCCUGUGUUCGGUGUCGCAAGGGCAAGACCAAGUGUGUGUACGAGAACGGCCGAGCACCCUGCAAGAACUGCGCCAAGGGGAUGCACGAAUGCUAUCUUCCCUCGGAGAGCAUGGCUCACGCCCACGGAGGAGUAGCACCGAGCAAUCGCCAACAACGACCACGCGAAAGCCUCCCCAAUGAACGCAUCGUGCCCACGUCUGCUGGCGACCGCGGAGGACCGCCGUCCGUCGGUGCGUCGCGUCACGUCUCUACUACCAACGAAAAACUCACCCCCGAACUCCUCCAAGAAUGCGAGCGCGUCAUCAACAAGACCCUCCCAGCAUGUGUCGCCUUCCACAAGCCCUCCUGCCUACAGCAGCUCAAGAAUGCGUCGAUGGAAUGGACCUUGGUUAAUGCCCUCCUAACCACAGCCGCUCGCCAUUCCCCGGCCAUGAUUCGAAGAUAUGGAGGACAACUCGGCGGCGCAGGCGCUGCUGAGCACUUUGCCCAGAAGGCCGGUCAACUGGUGAUGCAGUCCUUGGCCUCCCCCAGCCUCGCCGAUAUCCAGGCCCUUUGCCUUCUCGUCAUCCACGAAUGGGGUUGCAGAGAGGCUGUUCGUGCCUACAUUUAUCUCGGCCAAGCUGCUCGUAUGAUCCAGAUGUACAGGAUUGUCUCCGCCCAGCAGCGAAACUCCGACCCCGACCAGUUUUUGCAGGACGAAAGCUUCCGCCGUACUCUGUGGCUCAUCUACAUUCUCGACUGCUUCCUUACCAGCAGCCCCGGCCGUCGCCCCGCUCUUUCGACUCACGAUGUUGUCGAUGUUGCUUUGCCGUGCGCGGAUAUGAACUUUAACUUUGGCAGCCCUGUUGUUGUUAGAACCAUCAGCGGCGCCGCGCCGUCCCACGCGGAGCCCGGUGCUGCUCUCUCGGAGGUUGGCGAGUUUGGUCACAUUGUUCUGGCCACUCAAGCUUGGCGAAACGUUGUCGAGAUGAUGACGACCACCACCCUCGAAACGUUCGACGACUCACGGUGCCUUGGACUGGAGGCCGACAUCGAUACCCUCCGCCAGUCGCUUCCUCCCCACUUUGCCGAUAAGCCCGGCCAGAUCAACCUUCACAUUACCAUGGGCAGUGGCUAUACUUACGCCAUGAUUCACUGUCUCCUCAACUGCGGCACCAUCUUUGUCAACCGACGCCGCAUCCUACAGGUGGUAACAGACGAGAACUUUACCAUCGAUGCCUGGCGCAUGGCUUCUCACACGCACAUGCAAACCGUUGACCGCAUCUUUGCCGCUUCCCAUAGCAUCAUCCACUCUCUUCUCGCCCUUGAGCACGGAGCUGACAAGGACAUAAUGGUGUGCUUCCCGAUUUUCAUGCUCUUUUCAGCCUUUACCGCCGGCUCAACCGUAGCAUACCUUACCCUCAAGGGCCUCGCUCCGUCUACCGUGACCGAAUCCGCCAGCAGCAUCGUUCGAGACAGCUUGCGCCUCUGCCAGGAUGGAUCCGAGUCGUGGCCCCUGGUUACGCCCUGGGCUCGUCAUCUUACAGUUAUGUCCAAGGUCUUGCGCGAUAUGAAGGUACUGGGCCGUGACCGUGAAGCGCGCGAAGACAGCCGCGCCACGAUGCACGCUACUUCCCCUCACAUUAAGGAUGACAUCGCCACGCCUCCCGACAACACCAACCCUGAAGCCAUGGAGUUCGAUACCGUCCAGCCCAAUAGCACCGCUCCUGGGUCGCAGCCACCCAAUGCUGCUUCACCCGGGCUUCCCACUCCGACCAUCGAGGGAGCAGGUGGUAGCGAAGUUGGCGAAACCCCGCUCGUUAGACGUCCCGGCAUCACCACUAUUAACGGUGGAUCGGUCGGCGCGGUGGAUACCAGGGUUGCAACGACUAGCCCGCCGCCGCACACGACACCGGUGCUGCAGCAUCAGCAGAUGAAGGUGGACUCGCCUAGCGCGCAAUCAUCGGUGUCGAACCAGGGAGUGGCCAACGCCCAGGGAGCGAGUGUUCCUCCUGGAGGCGCGGAUGCUGUGGACAUGACGGCUAAUGAACUAUGCCAGGCAUUCGAGAGGCAGUUGUUGGAGUUGGAUGAUUUGGCUGCCUUUAUGGGUGGUGGUGUUUGAAGCCGUCACUCGAGGUUGAUCUUUGCGGGAUUUGUAUGAUACGAUGAGGUAAUGGACUUACCUGUGUCAUUAUGAGGAUGAUUUGAGUGAUGCUAGUCGAUGGCAUUCUCUGGGUACUUGGCUUCUCUGCCUCUGUUUCUUUUGUCUUUCUUCUUCUACCUGUUCAGGAUCAGAACUGUUGUAGGGCGGAUUGGCGGCAUUGUCUGCAACGGACGGAACGAUUGCGUUGUGUGGUUUCGGUCAGUCAGUGACAUGACCCAGUAAAUUCGGGUGGUAUAGGCUUGGUUUGGUUUGGUAUGGUUGGUCGGUUGGUGUUACCGGAGUUUUGAUGACGCUUUUGUCGUCACUGUUGAUCAUCACGGGAGAAUGCUCUUUUGGCCUUUGGGUUGUUUUGCUCGCUUGUCGUUCCAAGUUUGUAUCUGAUUCUGCCUAGUUAUUAUUUUUGCGAAGAUAGGACUUGUAUGUCCACUUGUUUCGUUUAUUAGCGAUUGCCAUAUUCAUGAAAGGAUAAAGAAGACUGUUUACGCUG